AUGAGCGUGCCCGGCGGAGCAGCAGCCACGGUGAGGACGGGGCCCGGUAACGGUCGCUGUCCCCGGAAUUCUCUCCACAGCGACUGCACCAUCGAGGAGAAGGCGGUGGUCCUGCAGAAGAAGGACAAUGAGGGCUUCGGCUUCGUCCUGCGCGGGGCGAAAGCGGAUACGCCCAUUGAGGAGUUCACGCCGACGCCGGCGUUCCCAGCCCUGCAGUACCUGGAGUCCGUGGACGAAGGCGGGGUGGCCUGGCAGGCCGGACUGAGGACGGGGGACUUCCUGAUCGAGGUGAACAGCGAGAACGUGGUGAAGGUCGGGCACCGGCAGGUGGUGAACAUGAUCCGCCAGGGAGGCAAUCACCUGGUCCUCAAGGUGGUCACGGUCACCAGGAGCCUCGACCCCGACGACACCACCAGGAAGAAAGCCCCUGGAGUCAGUGUGGGGUCCUGUCAGUCUGGCUGGUCGGGUUGGGGGGAUCCCAUCCCUGGGCCCGGCGAGCGCUGCCCCACGGGACUCACGCCCCCUUUCUGUUUGCAAGCCUCGGUCCGGAAGAAGAAGGAUAAGCCCGAGGAGAUCGUGCCCGCCGCCAAGCCCUCCCGCGCCGCAGCCUGCCGUGGGGAUGAGGCUGGCCUGGCGCAUCUCACCCGUGUCGCCUCUGGUUUGCAGUCCGUGUACGAACGCCAGGGCAUCGCCGUGAUGACGCCCACCGUCCCCGGGAGCCCGAAGGGCCCGUUCCUGGGCCUCCCUCGAGGUACGAUGCGAAGGCAGAAGUCAAUAGACAGCAGACUGUUUCUGUCAGGAAUAACGGAGGAGGAGCGGCAGUUCCUGGCCCCUCCGAUGCUGAAGUUCACCAGGAGCCUGUCCAUGCCGGACACAGGCACGCUGGUGAAGCAGUCCAACGUGGAGGACAGCCCUGAGAAGACCUGCUCCAUCCCCAUCCCCACCAUCAUCGUCAAGGAGCCCUCCACCAGCAGCAGCGGCAAGAGCAGCCAGGGCAGCAGCGUGGAGACCGACCCCCAGGUCCCCGAGCCGCCGGGCCAGCUGCGGCCGGACGAUGGCCUGGCCGUCAGCAGCCCCUUCGCCGCUGCAAUCAGGGGUAGAGUAUGAGGUAAAGAUCCAACUUAAUCUGUCUCAAUGUCACUACUCAAUCUAUAAUAAUGAAAGCAUAAUAACGCCUUCCUGUCCACGGACCUGGGGGACGAGGACGUGGGUCUGGGGCCACCCGCCCCCCGGGUGCAGCCCCCCGCGUUCCCCGAGGGUAGUUUCGGCGAAGAGGAGGGCGCGGAGCAGCUGGUGUUGCCCACCACGCCAGGGGCGCGCCCAGGGAGCCCGACGUCCAAAGCCAAGGGUCCCGAGGGCAGCCCCAUGGGGGCCCCCAAGGGCGGCGGUGCCGCAAGCCCCGAUAACUACGUGCACCCGCUCACAGGGAGGCUGCUGGACCCCAGCUCCCCGCUGGCCCUGGCACUUUCCGCGAGGGACCGAGCCAUGAAGGAGGCCCAGCAGGGCCCCAAGGGGGAGGCCCCCAAGGCCGACCUCAACAAACCUCUCUAUAUCGAUACCAAAAUGCGGCCCACCAUGGAGGCAGGCCUCCCCACGGCCACCAGGCAGGGCGCGCGCGGGCCCCUGCGGCGGCAGGAGACGGAGAACAAGUACGAGAGCGGCCUGGGCAGGGACCGCAAGGGCGAGGACCGCAAGAACAUGCUGAUCGACAUCAUGGACACGUCCCAGCAGAAGUCGGCCGGCCUGCUCAUGGUCCACACGGCGGGCUCCCUGGAGGAGACGGUGAUCUUGCCAUUCCGCAUCCCUCCCCCGCCGCUGGCGUCCGUGGACCUGGACGAGGACUUUGCUUUCACAGAGCCAUUGCCACCCCCCCUGGAGUUUGCCAAUAGUUUUGACAUCCCCGACGACCGCAUCGCUUCUGUCCCCGCCCUCACGGGCUUGGCCCAGCAGGACAGCAACGACGCCUCCCCGUCCCCUGCGUCGAACCCCAGCCAACCCACCAGCUCCGACGACUCGGGCAUCGAGGAGGCCGACAGCCGCAGCGGCAGCGACCACCCCCUCGAGACCACCAGCACCGUCUCCACCGUGUCCAGCAUCUCCACGCUGUCCUCCGAGGGUGGCGAGAGCGUGGACACCUGCACGGUCUACGCGGACGGGCAGGCGUUUGUGCUGGACAAGCCCCCCGUCCCUCCCAAGCCCAAAGUGAAGCCCGUUGCCCACAGAAGCAACGUGCCGUACCAGGACACGCUGGCGGAAGAGGACGCGGACGGCUUCAUCCCCCCGCCUGCACCCCCACCCCCACCCGGCGGGGUCCAGCCCGGGGCCGUGAAGGGGAUCCAGCCAAGGACCUCCAAGUUGUGGGGUGACGUCUCGGAGAUCAGAAGCCCCAUCCUCUCCGGCCCGAAGGCGAACGUGAUCAGCGAGUUGAACUCAAUCCUGCAGCAAAUGAACCGAGAGAAACUGGCCCAGCCGGGCGAAGGCGUGGGCGCGCCCACAGGGGCCCAGCCUGCCGGCCUCGCUCCCAGAAGCCCAGAGGUCGUGAGCACCGUCUCAGGGACACGGAGCACGACCGUCACCUUCACCGUCCGCCCCGGGACCUCGCAGCCCAUCACCCUGCAGAGCCGGCCCCCGGACUACGACAGCAGGACCUCAGGAACCAGACGUGCCCCCAGCCCCGUGGUCUCGCCCACGGAGAUGAGCAGAGACAUCCUGCCCUCGGUCCUGCCGCCGCCCCUGUCCAGCAAGCCUUUCGCCACGAAGCCCGUGCACCUGUGGACGAAGCCCGACGUGGGCGACUGGCUGGAGAGCCUGAACCUGGGCGAGCACAAGGAGACCUUCCUGGACCACGAGAUCGACGGCAGCCACCUGCCCAACCUGCAGAAGGAGGACCUCAUCGACCUGGGCGUGACGCGCGUCGGGCACCGCAUGAACAUCGAGCGGGCCUUGAAGCAGCUGCUGGACAGAUAAGGGUGGCUGCGCGGCCCCACGGACUCCGUGAGAAGUAGAGAUGGGCUCCCGCGGGGCCUGGGCGCCCCUCUCCCCGGGUUUGUCUCCCGGCACCCAAAGAAACGCGGGGCCGAGCGCAGGUGGGGCUCCGGCUCCCAGCGGGUGUGC